CACAACGCCCGAGACAGCAUGGCUGCAGAGAAUGAUCGAGGAGGGCAGCCCUUGUCCAAACGGCAGCUUGCUCUGAGCUUGAGCAAAGAGGAUCUCAUUUCCACCUUCGAGCAGACACCUCAAUUCAAACCAGAUGGGUGUGCUGUGACCGGUUUUGUUUUCCCCCCAAGCCACCCCAUCGCUUACGUCAAGUUCGGCUUGGCAUCAGAACUAAGAGCAGAGCUACGCAACCAAGAGUACGUUUUCGAAGCUCUCAAGGCGAUGCCGCCAAAUCAGACACAAGGCAUCCUCGUCCCCGAGAUCUACAGCACAUUUGAGUAUGGCGAGAGAUUUUUCAUUGUCAUGGAGUACAUACCUGGAAGAACGCUUGCACAACUAGUACGGCAGCCUGGUUGGGAAUCUCAGGAGACCUCACUCAGCAACAGCAUUGCAAGGGCAAUUAGACUCCUUAUGUCUAUCAAACCACCCUCAGGACAAAAGCCAGGCCCUGUUGGUGGGGGCUAUAUCCGACAUCCCCUAUUCAAGGAUCAUAUGUCCUAUCUUGAGUACUCCUCUGUUGAUGAACUUGAGGCACAUUUGAAUAAGGUAUCUACCUUAAAGUUUAAGGACUCCCCUACUGUGUGCCUUGAGAGAGACCUAUGUUUUUAUUACAGUGAUUUCUUUGCCGGCAACUUUAUCUUCACUGAUUCCGGUGGCCUCUGUGUCAUUGAUUUCGACCAGGCUGGGUUCCUACCUCAAAGCUUCAUGAUGUUUGCAAUGUCUGAAAGUCGUUGGUAUCCCGGGCAUUGGAUCAAAGACAUACUAAACCUCCCCGAAGACAACCUCAAGGCUAUGCAAAAUAUUCACUACUGGUUCGCGAUAGGUGUUACAUGGCUUGGUACUGAGCGAAGAGUGAGAUAUUAGAUGGAGUAGUGGAAACUCGCCGGGGUAAAGCUACAUAUACUCCAAGACAUUGGGGGGAUGGUCUCGCGUCUUGCAGGCAGAAACGGCCAUUCCGUGGAGCUUCUAGGCAGUGAACGGGGUGCUUCACACCUUGAUUUUGAGGCUAGUUUCAGUCGAUUUACUUUAAUACAAAUUGUCGAGUAUUCGAUACA